UGUCACGUUGGCCUUGCGCAUAACCACAGUACCUAAGUCUCUUUUAAGAACCUAUUAUACAAGCAAGCCCCGUUAAAGUCACUGCAACUCAAAUGGCCAAGAAGAAGAGCAAGGGCGGCAACAAGAAUGCUGCAAAUGUAGAUAACUCAAACCCCAACACGCCUGUCCUAGAGGCUGAGAGCAGUGCAGCGCUCACGGCUGAGGCAUCCGAAGCCCCGUCCGAGCCCUCCACUCUGGAAGCUGCGCCAAGCAUGGAGGCUUCGCAAGCAGAGGUUUCUCCUCUACCUGCUCAAGGCUUUGGUGAUGUGGACGUUGAGGAGUUGAAGCGGGAGCUUGAAGCUUGCAGGUCACAGAUCGCCGAGCUGAAGUCUCAAAACGCAGCCCUCAGCGAUGAAAACCAGCGACUAAAGGAUGAGAAGGCUAAGGCUGUACCGACGCAAGCGCCGACGGCAGGUGCUGCCCCGCCGGGCGACUUGGAGGCGUUGACGCAGCGCAUCGCAAAGCUCAAGGCGGAGCAGGCGGAGGCGGACGCUGCGCGCGAGGCCGCCUGGUCACAACUGAAGACCGUGGUCGCUGAUAUUGCCCGCCUGGCCGCG